CCCAAGACCAAGAAGAUAGGAAAACAAUUAUAGUUGAUGCUCCACAUCCUCUUCUUCCAUAAUGAAAGUCAAGCAACGAUCUGUCUGCCAAACAUGUAGAACACGAAAACUAGGGUGCGAUGGCAAGCGUCCUGAGUGCAGCCAGUGUGUCCUUACGGGACGAAAAUGCGAUGGGUACCAGUCUAAUUGGACUUUUGUAUUGCAGAAUGACCAUUCUUCGAGGUCGCCUUCCGUGCCAAAUCAGCGGGAUAUCCAGAUGGCCAUGCCUCAAGGGAAACCCGAGAGCCUGGCUAUUUCUGGUCUUUCUGGGAGCCAAAAACAAGUCACAGGUGCCGGUAUUGAAGCCAGCUUUCAACCGGGGUCAGUUUUGAAUCCCACGCGACCACCGUGGGAUGAUCUCCCGGGACUGGUCGUGGAGUGUUACAUUCCGGAAGACGAAAUAACCUCUAUAACAGACUUCGCUGAAAGCAAGCGAUCUCGGAUAUGUGGCUCCUGGCUGGCAGCCAUUCCAAAAAUUCUAGGGAAAUCUGAUCGUGAUUGCGUUCUGCGCGCGACCUUAAGAGCUUUGGCAACUUCGAUUCUACCCCAGAAUCCUCAAAUGGGCGGGUCGUCCCUCGACAGAGUUGAGAGCUACGAUGCGGCAAUUCAAGCGGUUAGGAAAGGACUUACUGUAUCUGGCUAUGCCUUUCAUUCUGUGUUUAUGGCGGCUGUAAUGUGUAUUGCAUUGGCCGAGAUCAUGUUCCCGAACUCUGCGAUAGCUUUUACAGCCCAUGUCAAUGGUAUAGGAAACUUAUUACAGACCCAACGUGUGGAACAGUAUCGUUCCGGGGUGUUCCAUACGCUGUUCGUCGGUUUUCGCCCUAUACUGAUAAUUCAGGCCUUCCGUUGUCGCCGACCUACAUUUCUGGCUUCUGUGCCUUGGAUUUACGUACCAUUCUCCACAUAUAGAGCAUCUCCCAUACAGAGCCUCCUUAGCGAAGCAGCCGCUAUUCCGUCUCUCCUACAACAGAUCGACAUGCUGCUUAGCGAUCCAUGUCAGGGCAGCUCUCAUGAUGUAAUAAAUUUGGUCGAAUACUUUAUGGCUGCUCUAGAUAACCUUGAAAAUUGGGAGAUACGCCUUCGGACAGAGAACACGGAGCCUCAUUACUGGCCCGUUUUUCCAGACACGCACAUUACAGGAGCAUCUCCCCAUGAUGGAUACACCUGGUAUCCUAAUAUCACCAUGGCCAAUGUCUACACCCAUCUUUGGGCCUUCCGCAUCAUCUGCCUAUCUGAAAUCAGCAAACUGGCAUCUCUCCCAUCAUUUAUUCCUGAAAUCCAAUCGUCAUCAUGGCAAUUUGAUUUUAAUUACACCCAAGAAAAUAUGAUUGUGCUUUCUAAACAAAUUUGCAUGAGCAUGGAGUAUCUUAUCCAAGACAGAAUGAGACUUUUUGGGCCUGCAUCAACGUUUUUCCCCCUCCAGGCAGCAUAUCGAGUAUUCCAAAUGGAUGAUCCUCGGCACCGGGAUAGCAUAGCUUGCAUCGAGGAUAUUGUUGAUCGAUUGGUCAAGAAAGGCUUACAAUCGGCUCCGCAUAUCGUAUUUGGUGAGCGUAAUUCUUUACCAACUACAUGAACAGCUAUAUCAGUUAAACACCAGAAUAAAGCAUUUUAUGUGUAUACAUGUCGUUUCUUUAAUUCAG